GGGGGCAGAGAGAAGGAAGGGAAAUUGCCUCCAGGAGCCAGAGCUUGCACCAGAGCCCAGCAAAACACACGCCAAGGAGCAGUCGGAUCUCAAGGCAUGAGCAGUGCAGAAAGCCCAGCUUUUGGAUUUAAGGUAGUUUGUCCAGGACCAGGCUUUGCUAUGUUGGCCAAGACAGUUCUUUCUCUUGGUCUGUGGCUGCAGUUUGCUGCGGGACAGAGCACACCUGAGAGAGGUCCUCAGCCAUCCAUCCCCAACUCCGAAGGGGACCUCCUCUUCUUACUGGACAGCUCUGGCAGCGUCUCCUACUAUGAGUUCUCCAGGGUCAAGGAAUUCAUGUGGGACCUUCUGCAACCUUUCACCUUUGGCCCCAAAGACGUGCAGACCAGCAUCAUCCACAUCAGCACCACACCCACCACGGAGUUCCCUUUUGACCGGUACCAGUCUGCUGAGGCUCUGCACCAAGCCAUCCGGGACACUCAGCAGCUCAUGGGAGACACCAACACAGGCAAAGCUCUCUCCUAUGCCAAGGAGAAGCUCUUCAGCGAUGCAGCUGGUGCCAGGGCAGACGUGCCCAAGGUGCUGGUUUGGGUGACAGAUGGCUUCUCCACUGAUGACAUCUCUGAGCCCAUGCAGCAGCUGAAGGACAUGGGGGUGACGGUCUUCAUCGUCAGCACGGGGCGGGGGAGCUACCUGGAGCUCUCUGCUGCUGCCAGCCAGCCUCCUGAGAAGCACCUGCACUUUGUGGAUGUGGAUGACCUGCCCAUCAUCACCAAGGAGCUUCGAGAUGCUAUCCUAGAUGUCAUCCAAGCAAACCAGCUCCACGCAGUAGAUGUCACCUCCAGCAGCUUCCAGCUGGUGUGGCCAAAGCUUCUCUCCCAGGAAACUGACUACUACACCCUGGAGUAUGCCCCAAGAGAUGAUCUGGGCAAGAAGAGGACAGAGCAAGUGUCUGGGGCUCAUACAACCCUCCUGCUAAGCAACCUUGCACCAGAAACUACUUACGAGGUGGCUCUCAUCCCAGAAUCCAACGUCCAUUACUUCCCUCCUCAGACAACCAGGGUGACUACACUGGCAGAGGAAAUAAGCCCAGCUCAGGUUCUCAUCUCAGAGUCUGGACCACACAGCUUCCACGUCAGUUGGGCUCCAGCACUGGACAGUGUGAUCAGCUAUCAGAUCCUGUAUGGCCCUCUCCCUGGGAACUCAGUGAAGCUGCUGGAGGUGGAUGGGAAGCACAACAGCACUGUGGUGGACAAGCUGACACCCAACACAACCUACCUAGUGACAGUGACUGCAGUCUACAAGUCUGGAAAGGAGAAAUCCCUGUCAGCUAAAGCAUGCACUCAGGAAGAGGGCUCCAAAGUGAGGCACCUUCGCUUCGAGGACAUGGGUCCCACCACCCUGAAAGCCUCCUGGGACUCUGCUGAUGGGAAGGUCCUGGGCUACAGAGUCAGAUGUCGGCGCCAGGCUGGCCCCUCCUCGGUGCUCAGCGUCUCUCCGCAGGUGCACAGCGUCCUGCUCACAGACCUGGCCUCAGGCACCACCAACAAAGUCUGUGUCAAGCCCAUCUACAAGAACCAGCCCGGCAGGAGGCUGUGCCGCAUGGUGCACAUGCAGCCAGCUACAGAAGCCCAAGGAUAUAAGCAUAGACCGAGAGCGUGACAGACUGGAGUGAAGCAGUUCCACACUCCCACUCCAGGCAGAGCCAGGAACCUUGCUUGGACAAAGACUUGGACAAAAAGGAGUGGCCAGGAGAGGAAACCAGAAAGCUCACAGAUCAUCUCCCAGCCUGCACUGUCCUGGUUGUAAAGCCUAAAGGCUGUUUCCAGCCAGCUUCCCCCAAAGCUGGUCUGGCUUGGCUGGCUGGGUGGAACAACCAAUCCAACUAACAGGUCCCAAAUCUCUACCCUCUUAUAUAAAAAUGCCUGGCAAAUAAGAAAGCAAAGGCAAAGAAGUGGAGCCACACUCUUGCUUGCUUACUGCCUCUUCUCUAUUUAUUAAAUAUUGAUACAGUUUUAUUUUUGUGGCUUAGCAGCAGGUUCAGGACUCAGCUGUUUACUGCCCUAGGCUUUUGUUCUGGGCAUCUGCACUCAGAAAAAAAGAAAACCAAAAUUGCAAGGGGCCAAAUCCAUUCCUGCUGUCACCAACCAUUGAAACUGAUGCUUGACAAAGAGCAGUUUCCCUCCAACUCACUCACUGUAUUCAACAGGUAGCUCAAAUUAGGUAUCCUAAAAGUAUCAUCUCAGGAGUGGCAGGGAGAAGCACUGGGAGAAAGAACAUAAGACAAAAAAAAUAUGUACAGGAUGCAGAGGAGAUUGGGUGAAAGGCACCAGGAGUUCUGAGAAGAGGCACAAAAAGAGGUUGUUUGCCCACUUGGCCCUUGGCCAAGACAUGGGGACACUUCAUGGAGACCUUUUGUAAAAUGCAAGGGCAGUUUAGUGGUCUUUGGUUUAUGGCAGAGCUUGGUUGGUGAUGUCUGAGAAAUGGGACAUGUCUGGAUCACAACCACUGAGUUACUGUGGCAUCACCAAACUGGAUGGGAGCAGCUAUGUGGAGAUUAAUUAGCCUGUUCUGGGACUAAUUAUGGACAGUAAGUCUCCAGGACUGUCAUGCACUCUAAAACUGCUAGCACAUCUUUAGUGUCCUGCCCUGGGCUUCCAUUCAGUGCUACACUUAAACAUCAAGCUUUUGGGAAAGAAGAAUAAAACUGAUUCUGCCACUUUGGCUUUUAGGAAAGAAGAGUAAAAGUGAUUCUUCCACUUUGGCCCUAGAUCUUAAUUUGUUGUCACUAAGCUACCUUUUGGAAAGGCGAGCUGGGAAGA